AUGAAUUUUUUUAAAAGAUAUACAUUUUUUUUAUGUUCGUUUUAUUUAUUAUAUGUAACAUGUUCAUCCAACAAUAAUAAUAAUAAUAACAAUAAUAAUAAUAGAAAUAACAAUAAUAAUAGCAAUAGCAAUAAUAAUAGCAAUAGCAAUAAUAAUAGCAAUAACAAUAAUAAUGGCAAUAAUGUUAUACUCAAUGAUAUUAUGAAAAAUAUGCCUGGUGCAGGCUCUUUAAAUAAUAUGGAAGACCUUUUAUCUUAUAUGAAAGAACACUCAAAUAAGAAAUUUGAUAAUCAUAUGGAACUAUAUAAUAAUUUAAUGAAUGAAAAUAAUAAAAUAGGUAAGAAUGAUGUAUAUAUGCAAAAAUUGAUGGAUAUGUUAAAACAAUAUAAUAAUUUAAAUAAGAAUAAUAAUGUACCAUCAGGUAAUAAUCCAAAUGAUCCAACAACUAACCAUGCAAAUAAUUUUAUUUAUAAUUUGAAUGAAGGGAAUUAUAUGGAAAAAAUUGAAGAGUUAUUAACAAAUAUGAAAAAUCAAUCGAAAAAUAAUAGUAAUAAUAGUAAUAAUAGUAAUAGUAGUAGUAAUAGUAAUAAUAGUAAUAGUAGUAAUAAUAAUAGUAAUAAUAAUAAUAAUAAUAAUAAUAAUAGUAAUAAUAAUAGUAAUAAUAGUGCAAAGGCAGCAAAUCCAAUGGAGCAAUUAACCAAUUUAUUUUCUCAUAUAAAUGAUAAUGCCCAUAAUGACGAAAAGGGGGAUAGUCAUCCAUUAGAACAUAUAAUGAACCUUCUUGGUCAUGGACAUAAUGAUGGUGAUAAUAAAGGAGGAAGCAAUCCACUCCAACAGUUAGCUUCUCUACUUAAUCAUGAACAUCAUGAUGGUGAUAAUAAAGGAGGAGGCAACCCACUACAACAGUUAGCUUCUCUACUUAAUCAUGAACAUCAUGAUGGUGAUAAUAAAGGAGGAGGCAACCCACUCCAACAGUUAGCAUCUCUAUUUAAUCAUGAACAUCAUGAUGGUGAUGGAAAGGGGGAGAAUAAUGCAAUGGAAUACUUAAAAAAGAUAUUUGGUAAUUUACAAGGUAAUAAUCCAAAUGGUAUUAAUGGAAAGAAUAUGGGAAACCUUCAAUCCAUUUUAAACAGUUUAUUGAAUAGUGAGCAAUAUAAAAAGUCUCCAUAUACAUUAGAUAAAACAGUUAGUAGUGGUUUUGGAUCUCGUUCAAAAGAAUCUAUGUUAUUAGAAUAUCAGCAUAAUAAAAGUGAACAAGAUAUUUUAAGAGAAUUACAAGAGUUGAUAAAUAAGAAUAAAAUUAAGAAUGUGAGUGAAAAUAAUGAGAAAUUAAAACAAUAUUUUUCUAUGUUAAAAGGAAAAUAUAAUCCAUAUUCUUAUGAAAGAAAAAUAUUGAAUGAUAUUAUAAAUGAAGAUGAUAUAAAAACAAAAUAUAAUAUUGAUGAUAAUUUUGAAAAGAAUUUAAUAGUAAAUGUACAGAAUGAUAAUAUGGAAUAUGAUGUUGAAAUAAAUAAUGAAGAAAAAGAAAAGAAAACGGAAAUGUUUGAAGAUAUAAAUGAAUUAGAUGAUAAGGAUGCAUUAAGUAGUGGAUCUCUUAAUAGUAGUUUAAUGAGAAAAAAUAAAACUGAAAAUGAAAAAUUAUUAAGAGGUCUUACAACAAAUAUAAAUGAUGAUAAUGAUAAUUUACAUGAAUGUAAUUGUAAUAAUAAAUUAAAUAAUUGUGUAUUAUCAUAUAUAAAUUAUAAUAAUUUAGAAUAUAUGUUACAAAGUUUAGAUAUAGAUGUAAAAGGUUUAGUAAGAAAACAUAUGUUAUUAAAUAAUAAUAAUAAUAAUAAUGAUAAUAAUAAUUUAAAUUUUGAAAAAAAUGAAUCAUUUCUUUUACCUUUACCACCAUUAACAUCCAAAUCAAAUGUUCAAAAUACAUCAAAUUAUAUAUUAAGAGUCCCCCGUGUUUUAUUUUUAGCUAGUCGAAAAUCAUUUUCCUCUUCAUUUGAUAGAUCAUUAUUUCAUAUAUAUAAUAUAAUGGAUACUCAAUUAAAAUGGAAUACAUAUUUAUGGGGUUAUGGUUUUAAAUACUAUCCGAUAUUUUUCCCCAAAAAUUUACAUACUUUAUUACAUAACCAUGAAAAACAAAUAGGUAGUGAGCCUUUUGAUCUUAUAUUUGUUCAUUCAAGUUUUGUAUCAAAUUAUUAUAACUAUUAUUUCUUUUUGAAGAAUAUGCCUAAAAUUACAACACUUAUUUUUAUGAAUGAUGGUUGGGAUAAUAAUGUAAAGAAUAUUUUUUUGAAUUUAUUUCCUCAUAUAUUUUUUCAAAACCAAGUAAACAUUUUUGAAUUUAAUCCUUUAAAUAACAUAGAUACAGUAGCUGAGAAAAAAAAAUUAUUUCAUAGUUUAUGGAAUAAAGUAACUAGUAGUACAUCUUCUUCGAGUAGUAGUAUGCAUGACCAUGUAAUUAAAAAUAAGCAUAAAAAAAGGAAAAAAAUGGAAACGAAGUCAAAUAAUGAGGAUGAUGUGGUAAUACCUGGUGACAGUUCUUCUUCACCACCUAACAACAAUAAUAAUAGUAAUAUUAAUAGUAAUAAUAUUAAUAAAUAUGAUGAAGAGGAUGAUGAAGAAAAUAAAACAUUGUGGGCAUUUUUACCACAUGGUGUAAAUCAUUGUUGUUCUAGUCAUUAUAAUAAAUCAUUUAUUAUGAAAGGUAUCACUGAUAAUAAUAAUAAUAAUAAUAAUGAGGAGAAGGAGGAGGGAGAAAUGUUAGAAACUGUUGUGAAUCCUACCUUUUAUUAUGAUCGUGCAAGAAAUUUAGAAAAUCAACAUACAGCAGCUUAUGAACUAAGUUAUUCAUUAUUAGAUUUGUUUUUACCUGAAUGUACUUUUAAUGAAAAGUAUAUUUUUAAUAAUAUCAAAAGAGAUAUUGAUAUAUUAUACUUAUAUAGUACAUCCAAUAAUUAUAAUGAUUAUCUUGUUCAGAAGAUUAUGGAUUAUAUAUAUAAUAAUAAUAUGAAUAAUUUAAAAGAUAGAAUUCAAAAAUACGAAGUAGAUUUAAAUUAUUGGAAAUUAUGGGGAUUACAAACAACACAUAAACUUAUAAAAAAUAAAAUGAUUGAUUUUAUAAAUAUGCUACAAAGAAGUAAAGUAUGUAUUAUAAGUUCGAAAUUUGCAGGGAUGUUGAAUAAAAUGGUUAUUGAUGCUUUGUUCCAUGGUUGUGUUGUUAUAUCAGAUAAAACACAUAAUAAAGAUAUAAAUAAAUUUAUAGUUACUACAAAAAUACCUUUUGAAUAUUAUGAAAUUUCAGAUCUUAUAUAUAAUAAAGAAAAUAUGACCUCAUUAGCAAAUGAUCUUAUUGAUAAAAUUAAUACUACUUUAGAAGAAGUGAAUAGUGGAAAAAGAAAUCAAAUGAGAAUCGAUGCAUUCAAAACGAUCUUAAAUACAUAUACAUAUAGUGCUGUUAUAUUAAAUUGGAUUAUACCAUCUAUUUAUUUUCAUUAUAAUAAAGAAAAAUAUGAAAUUAAAAAUAAUUAUUUUGUUCUUCCACAAUAUUUUGAAAAAAUUAUAUCCAAAAGUUUAAAAAUUACAAGUGCAAAAAGAGAAAAAAUUAUUGCAAAUAUUGAUUUAUCAUUACAAGAAGAUCUUGUUAUGAAUAAUAAUGAAGUCGUAGCAUGGUGUAUUAUAUGGUUUUUAAUAUUUUCAAUAAUACUUUUCUAUAUGCUAAAAAAUAGUAGUCUUGUCACAUUCUUGUUCAGACAACAUAAAUUACAUAGAUAG